ACAGCGCUCUAGGGACGGGCCAGAGCCCUCGGGACGGGACUUUGGUGGCCAGGACAGCGCAGGCUGCGGAGCAAUGAGCCCGGCAGAAAGUACCAAGGAUAUCCUUGUGAUAUAUGAACAAGAAGCAGAAGAGUGGGCUCUGUAUUUAAAAUCUCUUUUUGGACUCAUAGUGAACAAAGAAGGAAUCUUACUCUACAAUCUAGAGAAUUCAUCUUUCAAGCACCAGGAGCUACUCUGCUUACUGUCUUAUAAAUGUAAAGUCCUGAUACUCUCAUGUGGACUUCUUAACUGCCUGAAUCAAAAGAGAAGUUAUUUUCUGGAACAAGUUCUAAAACCUCCAGAUAACGUGGUAAUUCUGCUUUGUGGAGUGGAGAAUUCAGAAAUUCUUUAUGAGAUACUGACCUUAGCUGGAGUCAGCAAAGAGAUUUCUACUGAUCAGAAACCUGAGGAAUACAUUUCUGUUGUUAAAGGAAUUAUUCAGCCAGAUAAACCAUGGGAUGAAAAUCCUGGAGACUCUGUGUCUUACAUCUAUGAAGUAGUUCUUGCAGAUGAUCACCAGACUAUCUCUGAUAUUAGCUUGUCAGAUGUCAGGGGAGCAUCAGAACCAACAGACCUCGCUUUUAAAACAGACGUGCUUUCUGAAAGAUUAGAAAGUAACGAGCAGUCAAUAUUGGUGCUUCCAAAAAGAAUAUCGUGUGAGAACCCUGGUGAAAUAUUAAUUCUGUUGAAAGAGGAAAUAGAUGAAGAAACUCUAGAAAUUGAAUUUAUAACAGAUAAUCAACGAAUUAGAACACAGACAGCCUCUUGGAACAAGAAGGUCAAAUAUGUGAAAGCCUUAGAUUUUCCUGCUGGCCCUGUAUAUGUAAAUGUCUACUGUGGGGGAGUCAUUAAGAUGACAGCACAGAUUGAAUACUAUACUGCACUAGAGGAAAUUGAACUCAUUUUAAAGAAAAUGGCUGACCCAAUAGCUUUCACUUGUCAGGCAUUGAAAUUUUCUUCUGUAGAGAAGGUAGACAAGGUUCUGACUUCAUUAUUGAAAAGCAAAAUAUCUACUUAUGAAUUCAGCCCAUUCCAAAGUGAAGAAGAGCACCAUCACCAAGCUAAUAGCCAUUUGGAAGAAUUUCCUACCCUGCUUCACUGUGCAGCCAGAUUUGGCUUGAAGAAGCUUGCAACAUUUCUACUCAGUUGUCCUGAGGCCACACAGGCUUGCAAAAUAACCAAUAAAUAUGGAGAUGAUCCAGAAAGUAUUGCGAAGAAGCACGGGCACAAGGAAUUAAGAAAAUUAAUCAAAGAACUGUCAAAUUAUGCAGCAAGUGACUUCAAUAAUUGCAAGGAGGAAGUGGAAGACAGCAACACUUAUGAGCUUAUGUUAGGCUCAGAAACUCCACGAGCCAUGGCCACACAGAACCCAAGAGAUCAAUAUGCAGUUGGAUCGAGAUGCCAACAAGGAGUCAAGGUGGACGUGGAAAAGAAGGAUGACCUGAAAGAUAGCAGAGAGGAGACAGAAUAUGAAGAUGAAGAAGAGGAGGAUUCAUACAGCCUUCACAACAGCCCUGGAAGUUUGUAUGCCAAUGUAGGGGAUGAGCUCAAAGAGAGCAGGAGAGAUUGCUUUUUCUGCAAGAGGCCACCCCCUCCUCCCCCUCGAAAUCUGCCUGGCAUCCAAAGACAGGACGAUCUGCAUAACUCAUCACCAGAAUUCCUUCCAUUUUCAGAGAGGAAUUUUGUGAUGGACAGGAGUAAAAGAGAACGGGGUGAUGGACCCACAGCCGCGUGCUGCGGAGAAGACCGAGGUACCUGCGAGGAGGACAGCGAGGAGGAGCACCCCUACACCUGUGUGGCGCUGGAUGAAUGCGUGUACGACCACAUCCUGGGGCAGGAGAAGCAGGAGGAGGAGAGGAGGAAGCACUGCAGCUCCUUUAUCAUGAACAGGCCGCCAGCCCCUGCGCCCCGGCCCAUGUGUUCGCUGGUCAGAGAGGAGAACACUCCCUACAUUGUACAAGUGUUUCAGCAAAAGGCCUGUCGAGUGACCAGUGGCGACAGCAGGACAUACUGUGAGGCCGGGAAUCCUGAAGCACACAGAGGCCACACUGAGACAGUAACUUACAGCACUCUGGUACACAAGAUCCCCCCUGAGCAGGAAGAACUCAUCCACUUUCAGGAACAGGUGAAAAAGGGGGCAGUUUCUGUGGAUGAAGCCCUUGAUAGAUUUAAACAGUGGCAGAACAAAAAGCAGAGACUACCAUCCACUCAACAGGAAAAAGUGCAUCACCUUAGAGACACCACCAUCAGAAACAGACAAGAAAAUGAAAACCUGAAUGUCUACAGCUAGGAACCCAGCAGACAAGGAACAAAUGCCUAAUUACCCAAGGGUGACUCUCCAGCCAGCUGCACUUCACUUCCCUCUGCUUGGCAUCCCACACGUGCUCCGAGUGUGCCCUGACAGCCUCAGGCUCCAGCCCGUCCUGCACUGACACCGCCGUGGGGUCACUGCUGCACUUCCAGUGCCUUGGAUUCUCUCACCAGGGCCAGCUCUGGAAGAAGACCAGUAUCACUAAAGCAAAUUAAUAAUGUUUCUUGUAAAGUCAUCACUGAAUUUUACACCUUUUCUUUGCUUUUCCUUUUUCCAAGAUGACAGCUGACAAUGUAUAUAAAGAUGUAUUGCGUGUUUUGGUUAAAAAUUUUUGAAGUCAUUUCAGUUUUUCCACUGUGCUUGGUAAGUUGCUUAAAAGUAAAUUUUAUGCGCAAAAGAGGAAGAUUGUAAAAGGUUAUAAAGAUUAUUAAGUGAAGGUAAAUAAAAUUUAGCUUUUACUUUUUGUUGAAACAUUUUUAUAUGAACU